AUGUUUUUUGUAUUUCUAAUAGGUAUUGAUUUGAUUGAUCCUGAUGAUCCAAGUUACCAAGCAGAAAAUGAAUUAUAUAAUGCUGCUCAAUCAAUUGAAUCAGCAGCAAAGAAAUUAUCUUCUCUUAAACCACGUCGAAAAAUUAAAGAAAUUAAUAAAAAUCUUAAUUUUGAUGAACAAAUUCUUGAAGCAGCUAAAUUUAUAAUGAAUGCAACUAGUGAAUUAAUAACAGCAGCAACAUCAGCUCAAAAAGAACUUGUUGAUCAAGGAAAACUUUCGUCUAAAUCUAAUUCUGAUGCACAUGGUCAAUGGUCUCAAGGUUUAAUAUCAGCAGCACGUUAUGUUGCAUCAGCGUGUCAUGUUUUAUGUGAUGCAGCCAACGAACUUGUUCAAGGUCAUGGUACUGAAGAAAAAUUAAUAUCAAGUGCAAAGCAAGUCAGUUCGAAUACAGCAGCAUUACUUGUUGCUUGUAAGGUUAAAGCUGAUUUUAUGAGUCAAUCCAUGACACGUUUACAAAAUGCUAGUAAUGCUGUUAAACGUGCAGCUGAUACACUCGUACGAGCUGCACAACAAAAUACUGAUAUGCAGCAAGAAGAAAAACAUAUUGAAGUUUCAACGCGUUUAGUACCAGGUAUUGCACAAGAAAUUAAAUGUAAAGAGGCUAUUUUAACAAAAGAACGUGAAUUAGAUGAAGCACGAAAUCGUCUUAAAGCAAUACGUUUAGCUAAAUAUGGUCAUAAUGAACAAGAAUCAAAUGACAGUACAUAA